AUGGGGAUGGCCAUGACCUCCUCCCCACAGCCACCACCUCCCCCGCGCCGCCGCCGCAGCCGCUUGCAGUCGGCAACCACCAUCUCCGCCCCCAGUGCCAAUCCCAACCCCAACCCCAAGGCCAAGGCCUUCCCCCUUCUCUCCGACGUCGGCCGCCUGCAGUCCGCCACUCCCACUCCCACACCAAACGGCAAUCCUAACUCCAGCCCCAAGGGCAAGGUCCUCCCGCUGCUCUCCGACGUCGGCAGCAACCCAUCCGCCAUCGACUACUACUCCCGCGUCGCCUCCAACCUCGCCGGCGCCGGCCGCCUCGGCGACUUCCUCAUCGCCGCAGAGGGCCUCCGCGCGGCCUCCGGCGAUGCCGGAUUCGCGGCCCGCAUCAACUGGCACCUCCUCUCGCGCGGCGUCGUCGCCGCGCUCCGCGAGCACGGCCUACCCCACGUGCUCGAGUUUCUCCACGACGCCGACCGCAUCGGCGUCCACGCCACCGUCAUGCUCGACGCUGAUGCGUCCGACGCCGUCGCGGCCGCCUGCCGGCAGCUGCUGGACGAGCGCAUCAUGGCGGAGUUUGUGGAGGCCAUCGAGGCCCUAGCUAACUGUGGAUUCUUUGUUAAAGGCAUCGUGGAUCCAAUGGAUGUACUGAAAAUAUUCGUCAGGAAGCGAGAUCCAGAUAUGGCGAUCAGGUAUGCACGUAUCUUUCCGCACUCCCAACUUCUACUCUGCAAUACUAUGGAAGCUUUUGGGAAAAGAAAGGAAUUGAAACAUGCCCUAAAGGUCUUUGGAGCACUCAAGGACCAGUUGGGAGGUAUCAAUAUGUUUGCGUGCCGAAGUAUCAUCGAUAUAUGUAGUCAUUGUGGUUCUUCUGUACAGGCUCGGAUCAUAUUUGAGGGGCUGCUUGCUGAGAAGAUUACUCCGAAUACACAUGUCUUCAACAGCCUUAUGAAUGCGAAUGCCCACAGCAUGAGCUACAAUUUUUCGGUCUACAAGCAUAUGCAAAAACUUGGUGUCCGUCCUGAUUUGGCGUCAUAUAACAUACUUCUGAAGACAUGUUGCAAUGCUAGAGAGUUCAACACGGCACAAGAAAUUUAUGAGGAAAUGAAGAAAAAGGAACACGAUGGGAUUUUAAAGUUAGAUGUUUUUACAUACAGUACGAUGAUGAAGGUGUUUGCAGAGGCAAAAAUGUGGAAGAUGGCUUCCAACAUCAAAGAUGACAUGCGGGCAGUUGGUGCUCGUCUUAAUCUAGUCACAUGGUCAUCAUUAAUCAAUGCUUAUGCAAAUUCUGGUUUGGUUGAUGGUGCCAUAGAGAUCCUUGAAGAAAUGAUAAGGGAUGGCUGUCAACCUACUGCCCCAUGCUUCAAUAUUAUCCUUACUGCUUUGGUCAAGUCAUGCCAAUAUGAUAGAGCUUUCCGCUUGUUCAAUAGCUGGAUAGAAUUUGGAAUCAAGGUAUCUCUGUCGCUUGAACAGAAAGGAUCCCUUCCAGACAACUUCACAUUCUGUGAAGAGCAUCCGGGCACCAAUGGCGGCACUAUCUUGGUGGUUCCAUUUAGGCCAACAGUUACAACUUAUAACAUUUUGAUGAUGGCAUGUGGUACUAAUGAUGAACGUGCAAAGUCUGUAAUGAAUGAAAUGAAGCGGAAUGGUCUUUGUCCUGACCGUAUUAGCUGGUCCAUUCUGAUGGAUAUUUAUGGAACAUCUAAAAAUAGGAAUGGAGCUAUUCAGGCGCUCAGAAGAAUGCAACGUGUUGGAAUAAAACUUAAUGUCUCUGCAUAUACUGUAGCUAUUAAGGCAUGUGUAGAAAGUAAAGAUUUGAAGUUGGCGUUGCACUUGUUUGAAGAAAUGAAAGCACACCAACUGAAGCCCAAUAUGGUGACAUACAGAACUCUCCUGAAAGCGCGCUCCAAAUAUGGAUCUUUAAAGGAAAUCCAGAAAUGCUUGGCAAUCUAUCAGGAAAUGAGACAAGCAGGGUAUCAAGCAUAUGACUAUUAUCUCAAGGAAUUGAUAGUGGAAUGGAGUGAAGGAGUCUUGUCUAGUGAUGGUGGGAAUCGAAAUUUUUACCAUUUAGAUCGAAAAGAUGAGAGGAACGAAUCAUUCGACCUUUUUCUUGAAAAAGUGGCAAGAUUCUUGCAAAAAGAUGUUGAUCAAAACCAAACUGUUGAUGUUCGUGGGCUUUCAAAGGUUGAAGCUCGCAUAGUUGUUCUCUCAACUCUCCGCAAAAUUAAAGAGAAGCAUCUUUUAGGAGUAGGAAGAGCAGUCCAGGAUGAUUUGGUCAUCAUCACGGGUCAUGAGAAGACAUCAUACACUGAUGUCGAAACGACUGCUAUCGACGUCGAGUAUGCAAUAACUUCUGUUUUGAAGGAUGAACUGGGUCUUGAAGUUUUCGUUGGACCAGAAAGCCGUCCUCCUGUUUCAUCCAAACUCAGAGCCCCCCCAUGCCCUAGGAGACCACAGGGAAUGAUAAAAAUAACUGUCAACUCAUUGAAUCAUUGGCUGAAGAGGAAAUCUGCGAGGGAUGUACAGUGA